GGAAAGGCUGUCUACUCAGAUUCGCCUAUCAUGACCACGCCCCCUUGGAGUGUUGCCCGCCCAUCUUUGUCUCACGGAGCAUGCUCUCCGCAGACUUCCUACUUUAAGUUUACAUUAACUUGAAGUUCAAAAGGAGGCAAAAAAAAGACAGAGUGGAACAAGUGGAAAAAAUAAUAAAUAAAUAAAUGACAACCGGCACGCUUCUCCUGUUACACGCCUUGGAUUUAUAACUUCUUUGACCGCAUCUGAGCCUGUGCAGCGAAUCCUCGGAGUUGGCGCCCUUGCUAACCGGGUCUGGCUCGCUUGCUGCCUCGCUCAUUCACCUACGCACCAUGAGGGACCGGACCCUGGAGCUCGGGGCGAAACUUGACAGUCAUAUUGAGGAUGAAGAGAAAAAACGAAUUUUAAGCCCUGGAGAUGGAAAAGCAAGCAGUAAGGAUGAACAGGUGUAUUUUGAAAAUGUGCAACAGAUACGCAAGAACCUGGGGACCCUGUCUCAGAAGAUUGAUGAGCUGGAAAGAAAGCAGUUAACUGUUUUGGGGGUGGCACUUCCUGAGGAAAGCAUGAAGCGGGAACUGCAGACAUUGCGUGAAGAGAUCAAAAACAUAGCAAAUGUGGUGAAAAAGAAUUUAAAAAGUAUUGAGCCCAAACCUGAAGAGGAGGACUCUCAAGAAUACAUCCCAGUGAACAAGAGGAUGCAGAAAACACAGCAUGGCGUACUUUCAAGGGAAUUUGUAGAGUUGAUGGGAAAAUGUAACACCAUUCAGUCACAGUACCGAGACAGAAACAUUGAACGUAUUCAAAGGCAGCUGAAGAUCACGGGGACCAAUGUUUCUGACGAGCAGCUGGAUGAGAUGCUGGAGACUGGCCAGACAGACAUUUUUACCCAAAAUAUACUGAAAGACACGCAGGCCACAAAGCAGGCACUCAAUGAGAUUGAAUCUCGGCAUGAUGAGAUCCUCAAACUGGAAAGGAGCAUCAGAGAACUGCACGAGCUCUUCCAGUACCUUGCAAUGGAGGUAGAGGCUCAGGGAGAAGUCAUUGACAGGAUUGAGGAUAAUAUCUUACAGUCAAAGAAUUAUGUAGAGAAGGCUGCUGAUCAUAUGCAGAGUGCUGUGGAAAACAAGCAUAAAGCAUGCAAGAAGAAAAUCUGCAUUGCAGUUUGCCUGAGUGUGGUCCUUCUCAUCAUUAUAAUUGCAAUCGUCACUGCUGUCUUUGCAAAAUAACAUUGCAUCACAUUGUUGAUAAUAAUAACUUGGUUUUAUCUGUACCUCUGUCCAGAAAGUGUCAUGUUUAUCACAGUAACUGAGCCCUGGUGGACUGUAGGCCGAAUCAUCUUUGUAAAUGCUGUGCCUUCACCAAUCACUGGCUUUGGCUGAGAUACUGAAACCAACAUUGAACUGUAUACUGUGCAGAAGACUUGAAACCAAGACUGGAUGGUCUUCCUUUGUGACCUGGAUUUUAUAGGGAAAUCACAUGUUCCAGCUGCUUGGAGACUUCUCCUGGAUUUUUAUAACAAACUGUGUAUUAUUCU